AUGCCACCGCCCAUCAUCCCCCGCCCCGGGGGAGCAUUUCGAACCUUAGCCACAGCAGCCGCAACCCCAAAUCCAACCUACCAGGUCUUCAACCGCCAAACAAAACGACUCCAGCGCAGCCGGUCCGCCCAAAACCCGACGGCCAGUCGUGCAACCGACUACCUAAAAUCCGAGAUCUCCCUUCGCCUGAUCGAUCGUGUCCAGGACAUCCAGCGACCGCUCCCGCACAUACUAGACUUGGGCGCGGGUGCCUGCCACAUCGCCCGACUGCUCCCACUCGGGAUAAGCAGUCGGCUAGAGAAACUGACGUGCGUGGACAUGAGCCGCGAGCUGCUGUACCGGGACGCGGAGCUGGAAUUCAAUGAUAAUUUGCCGAUAGAACGGGUGGUGGCGGACGAGGAGGCACCACCGUUCGCGGAGGAUACCUUCGACGCGGUGGUUUCUAGCUUGUCGAUGCAUUGGAUAAACGACCUUCCGUAUACGCUUUCCAGAAUCAAUCGGAUACUAAAGCCUGAUGCGCCGUUCGUUGCCGCGAUGCUGGGCGGGGACACUCUGUUUGAAUUGCGGACGUCAUUGCAGUUGGUGGAGUUGGAGCGGCGGGGCGGUGUGUCGCCGAGGGUUUCGCCGCUGGCGGAUGUCCGCGAUGUUGGAGGCUUGAUGCAGAGGGCGGGGUUUAAGCUGUUGACGAUAGAUGUUGAUGAUGUUGUCGUGGAGUUCCCGGAUGUGUUUGCGCUCAUGGCCGACCUCAAUGCCAUGGGGGAGGGGAACGCUGUUUUGGCUCGAGAGGCGGGGCCAAUCGGGAGGGAUAUGUUGAUGGCGGCGGAGGGGGUGUAUAGGGAGUUGCACGGCCUCGAGGAGGGGAGGCUCCCAGCCACUUUUAGGAUUAUUUAUAUGGUGAGCCGGGCCGCCUUCGCAGGUGAGUCGCUAGCAGGGUGAUUGGCUGAUUGGGAGACAGAUUGGCUGGAAGGAGGGUGAGAAUCAACCAAAGCCUUUGCCGAGGGGUACCGGGGAGAUUUCUAUGAAGGAUAUCCUGGAGGGUAGGAGAAAGGAAUGAUUUGUGGUGAGUGGGCGAGCUUGCGGACCUCCCUCCCGUUCGUCUUCACAUGAGUGCUAUGCGGAAGCCGACGUCGUGCUUCAGUGAUAUCCGAUGUUUACGAGACUGCAACCAGCUGCCGGGGAAAGAGAAAUACCAGAGACUUGGUAUAUCUACUCUUAUGAUAUCUACAUGUACAACCCAGGUCCUACUAACCUACAUAGAAGCAGAGCGCUCGAUUUAAACAUAACACUUGGCCACAUGAUUAGAAACACAAAGAUACACUGGUAAAAAAAAAAGGGGGGGGAAUGGAAAAUGAAAUUUAAAAAUAAAAUAAAAAGUCACAUUGAUAACUGAAAAGCGAUCCGUCUAUCCCUCCGCAACCACUACCUUUAACAGCGAAACCAUUAGCCCACACUGGGCAAAAGAAUUAGAUACCCGGAACUCCAAAAAUGCUCCGGACGGUGGGGUGCGACCUCAGUGCCCACACAUACAACACCGCCCAUUGGGCUAUCCCGGCGAUCCAACCAGUUGCCUAACCAUCAAGACAUAAUUAGCACCCGUAUAACACCACGCAAAAGCACUCGUAAUACCAGUUAUAAGUGGGGAGCUAACCUUCUCUAGCCAUGUGUGGAAGUAUACGCCCGUCAUCAACAGCAUCCACCACCACAGUACUAGUAGCGCCAAACCGCCCGCGUUUUCCCGCCUGGCAGCCGCCGAACGGAUCAGGAUGGGAAAAAUCUCGCUCCACGAAACCCCUGCGCUUUCCCGCCCAGCAGUUCCCGAAUGUAUCAGGGUGGGCAAAAGCUCGCUCCACAAAAACAAGCUAGCAUGAGUAAGCAGAAACACGUGGCCACUAAGAUCGUGACCGCCACUCCAUUUCCCACCCGCAACCUUACAGGCAGCGCUGGUGAAAAUCAUCUGAGCAGUGCCCACCUCCUCCUCUGCAUGCAUGGGGUCAGGGUCGGCCGGCUGACAUUUGCCCCUCGUGGCCAAAAACAACUGAUCCAUUAUCGGUGGGCCAAAAAACCACCGGGUAACUAAAACCCACCAGAUAGUUGCAACGGCAUACCGUAACAGCGCUCUAGCUUUUGAUGAAGACCGAAGACGGCUGGCGUGUAUUAGAAAGACCAGAGUAGUCCAUAGCCAUCCAUACUUGACGAAGAAGACGUUGAAGGGAUUGCGUUUGCGGGAGAAGUGGGAGUCUGCAGAUGCUGGCGAGGGCGAACAAGCCGAGAAGACCGACCCAGCUAUAAGGGUUAAAGGGUAGAAGGAGGCUGCCAGUAUCAGGAGGUCCGUUGGUGAAAGUAGCAGGCUAGUACCUGGCAAAGUGGGCGAACGGGAUGAAGGUUGGGGGAUGACGUCGUCGUCAUCGAGUUUUUCGGCUCCGUGGGCAGAGGGUUCUGGUGAAGCCAUUGCUGGAGCAUCAAAUGUCAGGUGUAUCCGUUUAUUGCUCUGUUCUUCUCUGUUGGGAGAGGAAAUCCGGUGGAGAGAGAUGGUGGAGAGGUUGCAAAAAGGAGGUUGAAAGGGUCCAGCGCAGGAGGUUCAAGGUC